AUGGCAGGUGUACAUACACCAAGCGCUCCAGGGUCGCAGAAGCCUCCCGUCGUGAGCUUCAACUCAAUGCCUGUCCCAGCAAAUUAUGUCCCAGGCUUGGGACGUGGUGCCACUGGAUUCACCACCCGGUCCGAUAUUGGACCAGCGAGGAUGGCUCCAGAGAUGCCGGUAAGAUCAGCAGCACCAGGAGCUCCUCCAGCACCAGCUGCAAAGCCUGCGCCGAAGCCAGCAGAGAACGAUGCGGAGGACGACAGUAAGUUUGAUGAAUUCAUGGGCAAUGAUACUGGAGCGCUUGCUGGCACUUUUGGAGAGUAUGACCAGGAUGACAAAGAAGCAGAUGAGGUAUGGGAAGCCAUUGAUACAUUCAUGGACCAGAGGAGAAAGGAUCAGAGAGAAAAACGCUUGAAGGACGAGAUUGAAAAGUAUAGGAAGGAGAAUCCUAAGAUCACAGAGCAAUUUGCACCCUUCAAGAGGAAACUGGCGGAAGUGAGCCUGUCAGAGUGGGAGGCCAUCCCCGAAAUUGGAGAUUACACGCAGCACAAGCGCAACAAGAUGCAGGCACGAGGCCUCCUCUGCCUUCUGCAUCUGUGCCUUAUAUUCACACCAACGCCGGACAAUCUCUUGACGAAGAAGCUUGCCGAGUCUGAGAACACAACCACCUUGGACACCCGUGGAGGCUUUGACGGCCUGGCUACUCCUGGUGGUCUCAGCACGAACCUGACAGACAUAGGGGAGGGGCGGCGGAAGGUGGUGAGCAUCAACCUGGACCGCAUGGCGGACAGCGUGUCGGGGCAGACGGUGGUGGACCCCAAGGGCUACCUGACAGACCUCAACUCCAUCACGCUGACGAGCGAUGCGGAGAUUGGGGACAUCAAGAAGGCGCGCACGCUGCUCAAGUCCGUCAUCAACACCAACCCCAAGCACGCCCCCGGCUGGGUCGCCGCCGCCCGCCUCGAGGAGCUGGCAGGGAAGCUGGCGGAGGCACGGAAGCUGAUAAUGAAGGGGUGCGAGCUGUGCCCCACCAGCGAGGACGUGUGGCUGGAGGCAGCGCGCUUCCAGACCCAGGACAACGCCAAGGCGCUACUGGCGCGCGGCGUGGCUGCCAACCCCACCUCCGUCAAGCUCUGGAUGCAGGCUGCUCGGCUGGAGACAGACGAUGCGGCCAAGUCGCGCGUGCUCAGGAGGGCUCUGGAGCGAAUUCCCACCUCUGUGCGGCUUUGGAAGGCCGCUGUUGAGUUGGCCAACCAGGACGAUGCCCGUGUGCUGCUGUCACGUGCUGUGGAAUGCUGUCCACAGCAUGUGGAGUUGUGGCUGGCACUGGCACGGCUGGAGAGCUAUGAGAAUGCCAGGAAGGUUCUCAACAAAGCCCGGCAGGCCAUACCAACAGAUGCAUCCAUUUGGAUUACAGCCGCAAAGCUGGAGGAAGCUCAGGGCAACACGCACAUGGUGGAGAAGAUUAUUGAUCGCGGUAUCAUCUCCUUGGAGGCCAACAACGUGGUCAUCAAGAGGGAAGAUUGGCUAAAGGAAGCGGAGGCGGCAGAGCAGGCCAAUCCACCCAAUGUGGUCACGUGCAGGGCCAUUGUGAAGACAGUCAUUGGCAAUGGGGUCGAGGAGGAAGAUCGCAAGAUCACCUGGAAGGCAGAUGCAGAGGACUGCCUCAAGCGCGGGAUGGUUGAGACGGCGCGCGCCAUCUACACGCAUGCACUGCAAGUGUUCCCGGGCAAGAAGUCCGUCUGGAUCAACGCCGCGAAGCUUGAGAAGGAGCAUGGCACACCAGAGACUCUGGAUGCUAUGCUCAAAAAGGCCGUGUCCUACUGCCCACAGAGCGAAGUGCUGUGGCUGAUGGCGGCAAAGGAGAAGUGGGUGGCGGGCGACGUGGAGGCGGCGCGGCACAUUCUAUCGGAGGCCUUCAGCGCCAACCCGGACAGCGAGGCGGUGUGGCUGGCCGCGUUCAAGCUCGAGUUUGAAAACGACGAGCCCCAGCGCGCGCGUGCCCUGCUGGCCCGUGCCCGCGCCACGCCCACCGCAUCCACGCGCCGCGUUUGGAUGAAGUCCGCCAUCGUCGAACGCGAGCUCGGCAACGCCGCCGAGGAGCGGCAGCUGCUGCAGGAGGGCAUAAAGAAGUUCCCGGGCUUCCACAAGCUGUACCUGAUGCUGGGCCAGCUGGAGGAGCGGCAGGGCCGGGUGGAGGCAGCGCGCGCCUCCUACCUGGACGGCCUCAAGCGCUGCAUGGACAGCGUGCCCCUCUGGCGCUCCAUCGCGCGCCUGGAAGAAGCCGCUGGCUCCGUCGCCAAAGCGCGCGCCCUCCUCGAACAGGCUCGGCUGAAGAACCCGAAAAACGAGGAGCUGUGGCUGGCGGCGGUGCGCACGGAGCAGCGGGCAGGCAACGUCAAGGCGGCUGAGGCGCUGAUGGCCAAGGCGCUGCAGGACUGCCCUGCCAGCGGGCCACUCAAUGCAGAGGCCGUGGCCAUGGCGCCCCGGCCGCAACGCCGCAGCCGCUCGCUUGACGCCCUGAAGCGCUGCAAUGAUGACCCCCACAUCAUUGCCGCUGUCGCGCAGCUCUUCUGGAACGACCGCAAGGUGGAGAAGGCGCGGAGCUGGUUCAACAGAGCGCUGCUGUUGAAGCCGGACAUCGGGGACUUCUGGGCGCUGCUGUACAAGUUCGAGUGCCAGUUUGGGACGCCCGAGCUGCAGGCCGCUGUGGUUGAGCGCUGCAAGAAGGCCGACCCACGGCAUGGCGAGCGCUGGCAGCGCAUGUCCAAAAACCCGGAGAAUGCGCACAAGCCCACAGACUUCAUUCUAAAGAAGGUUGUCCUGGAUCUAGACAAGGAGCCGCCACCUUGAGGCUGCAGCCUUGGACCCCUUGUGAGGUGUCCGGCGUCAGCUCAUGUUUCAUGUAUAUUAUCUGUGUGUCCUGUUUACAUCGUGUUGAUGUGUCUUACGGAGGCCCUUUCAAAGCAUGGAUAUCCUCUCUGUGCGGGAUGUCUGUCCGGCGUCGUGCAAAUCUAAAUGUCUGUGGUCAAACCGUUUUCAGUGUUGAGGAUGUCAACUUGACAUCAAGGAAUGCUUGUUGAGACGUUCAAAUCGGGCUUUUAAGCAACCACGGGCCU